GGGAAGAUGAUGAGGUGGGAGCUAUGGGCUUCUGCUGUCUCUUUGGUUUUCCUCCCUAUCCAAGCAUUUCCGCAGACAGAUAUUAAAAUCAGCCCAGUCUUGCCAGAGAUGAUUCAGACCUAUCCAUGUCCUCUGUUCUGGAUGGAGUAUGAAGGUUACUGCUAUAGAUUCUUCCCACUUAAUAAGACCUGGGCUGAGGCUGACCUUUACUGUGCAGAGUUCUCCAUUGGAACAAAAUCAGCCAAACUGGCUUCCAUUCACAGUUGGGAGGAGAAUGUCUUUGUACAUGAUCUUGUAAACAGCUGUGUGCCAGGGAUACCAACAGACAUCUGGAUGGGACUUCAUGACAGGAGACAGGAAGGUCAGUUUGAAUGGACAGAUGGCACAUCCUAUGACUACAACUACUGGGAUGGAAACCAGCCAGAUGAUGGCAUCCAAUCUGCCCUUGAGGAGGAGGACUGUGUUCAGAUCUGGUACCGACAUAAUAGCGCCCUAAGAUCAUGGAAUGAUAAUGCCUGCAGCCAGAAAUUCCCAUUUGUGUGCAAGAUCCCAUCGAGGACAAUCAAUUGACCAACUCUUUUCUCCAGAAACGAUCUUAGACUCUAGUUCCUUCUUGUAGACGUGUCUGGUGCAAUAUUGAUGCUCUGUCCAAAUUAGACCAUUAGUGAAAGCAAUUCCCACAAACCUUAGCAACACACACAUACACACACACACCACAUCAUCAUCAUCAUCCCUGUGUACCUAAUCUUUCUAAUGGAAUCAAUCAGAUGUGGGACCCUAGCCAAAUAAUAUUUUUCCCCCUCAGUUUCUUCCUUUGUAAAAUGAGUAGACUGGUCCAGAUAAUAUGGAAGGGACCUUCCAGCACUGAAAUUCUCUAAUUUUCUCUCUUUCUAUGCCCAUUAAAGACUUGCUCCAAAUCUCUCUUCCCCCAAGCUGUGGUGGCUCCUGCUAGCAAAUGCAGAAUAGAAAAAAAACAGCCAAAGUUAAAGGGUGAGGAAUGAGUUGGGAAGGGAGAGCGAUGGCUAAAAACAACUCCACGUCUCCAUCUGGAGUUUGUAAAGUUGAAAAGGAGGACUCGUUAACCUUUUAGUCCAAUUAAAACAAUGACCCAAAAAGGUGUAGGGCUGACAGAAUCUGGAACACCUUCUGGCAGAGAGAGGAAUGGGGCAGCAGUGAUUUCUCAAGUGAACAAGGCUGUGUUUACUGCUGGAGUUUCAAUACUCGGAGGUUCAUUUGCAUACAUGGUGUAGGGAACAUUGCUUUGUUUCCCAUGAAGUGAGAAAGCUAAAUUGCAGAAAGUUGGAGAGAAAGUGUCUAUUAGGAGAACACUGGGAACUGAGAAGAGAAAUGCAAAAAUGCUGGAAACAGUGAACCGUACCAUCGGUCCCAUCUAGCCCAACCUUUCAUUUUACAGAGGAAGAAACUGAGGCAGGAGCUACAAAAUAAUGCUCCCAAUGUGGCACAACCUUCUGUCUCCUACUUUCAUGCCAUUCCUAUAUUAUCUAUCCUCCAUUUCUGAAGAAGCAAAUGGUGUCUACAAUCAUUUGUGGUUCUAUUGGGUAGGUUUUGUGUGGGAGGUGCUUUUGAAUUCUGUGAAGUCAUAAAAUUCCUAUGCUUGCUUAAAAAAUCUCUUAAAUAAAAUAAACA